UCGAUGCAGAGACCGGGUUUCAACCUUCAUUACGAAAAGAAGCAGAAGAGUACUAUGCAUUCGUAUGAGAAAAAAGAGUUAUAUCUUGACAAAUCUAGGACAUUCUUUUCCAGACCGAGGGGUAAUAUAGUUGUUGGGAUGAUUGCCAGAAACCUAAAGUUUGGCGGGUAACAACCAGACAGCUCUAGGUAUCUACCCUUAUCCUCCGCUUGUAACGUGCCCAGGAUAUAUAUUGCCUGUACAUGCACGGUACGUCUAUCACUAGCCCUUCCCAUGUACUAGCUGCGUCACCGAUCUCCCUGAGCAGUGGAUCACUCCCAUAAUCCCAUAACCAACACUUGUACCGUCUCCCAUCAUUUAUCAUGGACAUUACUUGCUAGAUCAUCGACGGAUCUUGACGGAAAAAUUGGUCAGCCUGAGAAGCCAACUCCACACUGCCUGCACUGCAGCAUGCUCUUUUAAGAACCCCACUCUGUCUCUCUCCUAGUGAGUGUGGGAUCGACUGGCACGGCAAGCAGCCGGCGAUGAGGCGGCUAUGGAGUCUCAGCAGGGUCCUGGACUGCUUCGCGGCGUGCGCUGGCACCGGCUGCGGGUGCCUGUGCGUGCGCGGGAUGGACGAGGAGGAGGAGCCAUCCAUGGAGAGGAAGGCCCUGGUGAGUAGCAGCAGCCAGGUGGUGAGGCUCAGGGACGUCGGGAAGCCGAUCAGGACGCUGGGUUUCCUUCUAGAGCCCAAGACAGUGGAGCUGAGGGUGUCGAUGCACUGCAAUGGCUGCGCCAAGAAAGUUCAGAAGCACAUCUCAAAGAUGGAAGGCGUGACAUCGUUCGAGGUGGAUCUGCAUCGGAAGAAGGUGGUGGUGACCGGGGACGUGACGCCGUUGGAGGUGCUGCAGAGCAUCUCCAAGGUGAAGCUCGCCCAGCUGUGGAUGCCCCCUCAGCUAUGCUAACCAACCAACCGAUCAGUUGGUCAUGCCGCCAUGAACAUAUGCACCGCCGGAGACCAUUUAUCUUCGACGCGGAUGCCAUGCCCGUGCGUGUGCUGGCCGACCAUUUAUUUCCCUCGAAAAGGCUGUGGCACAUAUGUUAUACUUCCUACAUUUUAUAAAGUAUGUUUCUUUUUUUUUUGUUUCUAAAUUUAGAUAUAUCUAGAUAGUAGGAGAUGUCUUUGGAGUAUGGGUGUAUGCAACCGAAAAAACAACAUAAAGCACUGUGCUGAACAUUAAA